GUUGGCGACAAAUAGAACAUGGCUCUAUUCUCGCCAACUUUUUCACCAACUUUUUCGUGUUGGUGAACUCAUAUCUGACGCGUGAACGAUUGGCAAACAUGUGUUGGUAACUGCCAACAAAUCACAACACGCGCUCUAUUCACGUGAUUCAUUUGCGUGACACUUCACAAAAUAACGAACGCAAGUCAAGAUGAAUCCGAGACCAUAUUGGGAAAGCGUACAAAGUUUAUAUCCUUUUUUGUUUACAAGAUCGACGAAAUUCCCGCCAUUUUUUCAAAUUUCGAGCCUAGCACACAGUCAAACCUUACGCAUGCUUAUUACGUUUUUCCGCUGUGAAGACUCGUGUUAUAUUGAGCUGGUCCACUGGGUAUCCGCCAGGGUCUGGGUUUAAGAGACUAAUAGAUUAUUAAAGAAUAUGUACAUUUUAUUGAUAAACGUCUUCUCUGUGUUCACGCUUUUCAACCUCGUUCCCAGGGUCUCUCUCCUCUGCCACCCUUAUUGUUGGGAGAAAUAAUUUUUUGUUUUGAAAAACAUGCUUAAUUCGCUACUCGCCAAACAAAUAUGCACUCAUCCAACAGCACUAAAGAGUUACUUAACACAAAAUAUUGUUAGGGAAAUUUGCAUAUUUUGAUUUACUUUACUGAUCCAGUACCCGUCACAAAUUAAAUUCUGCGGCGCUCAAGUGUGUCAUUGAAAAUACGAGCGUAAGCUGUUUCUUAUCGCGAUGUCUUGAGCACUUAAAAGAAUGAUUUUCUUCUCUUACAUUGCUGGUUUCUUGUUUUUUAUUGCACAAAUAACAACAUCUCCCGGUUUUGUGCGUCAGGGACAUUUGAAAAUCUAUGGCUAUAACUUUGCUUUCCUCGCAAGCUUCUGUGGAAACUCCACCGGACCUGUUGUUCAGUAUAAUAUCUCAUAUCCGCAGGAAUUUUGUUGUUACAGUCUGUUCAGUUAUUUUGAAGACCAAUGGUGGAAUACAUGGCCACAUCCAGAACUGGACUGUGUUGGGAAGACGAGUGUCCUGGAUCGUGAUGGAAGUCAAGUUCUUAACCUGACGACAACUGAUUCCCGCGCUGGCUGCCGACUUGUCUCAUCUGUAAAUGGUUCAAUGGAUAUUUCAUGUCAAGGCUUACAGAUGUAUCAAGUGCAGACAAAAGACCUGUACACACAGAAAUGUUGGUUUUUAGCAGUCAGUAACUGCAAUUCUUCAUUCCAGGGAUUACAGCUGGAUUAUUUUCUCAACAUAAGUGAAGCAACACCAAACAUGGCGCCCGAAAAACUUGACCGCAGAGGCCCGUUAGGACUGGUGUUGAGUUCUAUGAUGAUCACGUGGUUUUCGUUAGAUGUAUAAGCUGAGGGCCACCAAAAAGUUUGUAAUGUUGCACAUAAAAUGCACGCCAAAAAGUUUUGUGCUUCCUUGUUUUUGAAAAUCGCGAUGGAAUAUUGUUCAUACUUCGUAAACAUAGACAUUAAAAUUGUGGAUAUUUUAAUAGUCCUAGAAGAGCAUAUAAUUUCUUAUGAUUUUUGUGAAGCGAAAAUAAACGUUAU